CCCACUCACAACCCUCCAGGCUAUCGUUCUCAUAGAGUGAUCAGACGUAAUCCUCUGCCAUAUUCUCGGCAGGGAUAUUGUGCAGUGUUCGUGGAUUAUUGUGAAUACUCUGGAGUGAAACCGUUUGUGACACAAUCACACAUAAUUGUAACAAACUAGAAAAUCGUGUGGACAGGAGGAACAUCGUAGUUUGCGUAAGAGUAUGCGAACAGAAGAGAGGAACAUGUGCCCAAUUCGCAUUGCUGUCCUAGGAACCAGUCAGGUUGGCAAGUCUGCCCUGACCGUUCGGUACCUUACCAAGAGGUUCAUCGGAGAAUAUCGGUCUGAUACAGAUAUGCUGUACAAGUGCGUCCUGCAGGUGGACGGGACGCCGCAGCCAGUGGAGAUCAUGGACACCUCCGCCAGCUGCGACGAGUCCUCUGACGCUCACCUGCAGUGGGCCGAGGCCUUCGUUGUUGUCUACUCCGUCACAGACAAGGAAUCCUACAGAUGGGCCGCUAGCACAGUUCAGGAACUAUCAGAACGGCGAGCAGCGUCAUGUGUUUUGAUGCUAGGAAACAAGAGCGAUUUGCAUCACCUCCGCGAAGUCGAGGAAGUGGAAGCCAAGUCCCUCUCGCUCACUCACGGUGCUCGGUUCUUCGAGGUUUCGACGGCGGAGAGCUGCGUUCCCCUUACGGGAGUCCUCGACCACUUCCUGAAGGAGGUCAAGAUGCAGCGCACCAUCGCCAGCGGCAGUAACAUCAACAACGGGUCUCCCAAGCAGAGGAAGCUCUCGGUCACGCGGAUGCUCGGGUCGCUCAUCGGCCGCCACUCGCCGCCCCCGCAGCCCAUUACCGAGCUCAUCAUUCUGGACAAGGAAGAGCGCAGCAAGCUGGUCAGAUGCAGCCGGCAGAUAUGAAUGUGAACCAUUCAUUGUUACAGCUCAUGGCAACAUGUUUUAGUGCUGCGCAUAAACAUUACAUAAUCCAAAGAAUUCUUGUGAUCUUCAGUCAUUCUGAAAAUUCCAACUCGGAAUGAACGAACAUGAAUAUAUUUAUUGUUCAGUGUACGUUUGUGGUUUGUUGUGAUAUUAAGCGUUAUUGUGUAAAGCAGCAAGUGAGAAGCUUUAGAUACGUGAGGUCGUGGGUGUUCACAAUUAAAAGAGGAAUGCGAACUUCGCAAAUUAAGAGAAGGCCACGUAGGAGAGUAUCUUCGGAGCUGCAGCGAUGCUGGCGAGUGGAAGGAAUGGGUGAGGUCUCCGAUAGCCGUGCGUGGAAAGAGUGAUCACUAUCUCCUAUAAUCGCUGACUCGCACAAAGGAAUGGAGAAGAGAAUGCGAUAACCACCUUCGCUGACACGCGUAAAUCUUCCGACAAAGAAGACCAAACAAAAAAUUGAAUCAACGCGACAACUUAUAGAUCAGCUGUGAAUCUUCCCGCCAGGAAAGCACGUGAACUGCCGUGCGCACGACAAGAAGCAAACUUCGCCAGCGGUCAAGAUGUGGGCAUCGGGCACGGGGCUCCAGAAGGACCGAGGAAUGCGGACGCUAAGGGCUUGAGGGAGAGUGUGACGUCAUCCGCAAAGUGGGAGCGUGACUAUACUUGUACGUGCUUCCUGCUUCUGUUGCAUCUCUUUGUACAAUGAUGUACUUAACCUGUGAUAUUAGUAGUAAUAUGCUUUAAGCUAUAUGUAUUUUUAUAAUUUAUUUCUUUCAAUACAAUAUGAAUAUUCA